UCGACAGUUGCCGUUGUGAACGUGUCCCUACACAACGGUCCCCGAGCUUGCUCACCCUCGAUCCAGGACAAUCUACCAGAACUGCACCACCCCAAUGCUCUGGACCCUGUUCAAAGCCAUUCGACGGCGGUGACUACUCGCCAUGGCGCCCCCCAGGGCCAACCCGACAGGGAACUCGGGCCGCGGAGCCCUGGCGGCGUUCUCGAGGUUCUGGCAUCGAACGUAUGCCUCGGAUUACAUAGGCUUUGUCGUGCUCCUGACCGCCUACCUCCUGGUCCAAUUCCUCGUCGAGCCCUUCCACCGCAUGUUUUCCAUCAGCGACCUGCGCAUCUCCUUCCCCUACGCCGAGGUCGAACGCGUGCCCACGUCCCACUCCUUCAUAUACUCCCUCUUCCUCCCGCUGGCCGUCGUGCUGGUUACCAACCUGCUCACGCGCGCGCCGGCGCACAAGCACCACGUCGCGGUCCUGGGCCUGGCCAUCUCGCUGGUGCUGACGUCGCUGCUGACCGACGUGCUCAAGAACGCGGCCGGCCGCCCGCGGCCGGACCUGCUGGCGCGGUGCGCGCCGGCGCCGGGCACCCCGCGCGACGCGCUCGUCUCGCUGGCCGCGUGCACCACCACCGGCACGAAGGACAGCAGACGCCGCCUGCACGACGGCUGGCGCUCGUUCCCCUCGGGCCACAGCUCGUUUGCGUUCGCCGGGCUAGGGUAUCUCAGUUUGUUUUUGGCGGGUCAGCUGCGUGUUUUUGCGCGUGUGGGGGGAUACGAUUACGACCACGAUCACGAUCACGACGACGGGAAUGAUGGUCUCGCGGGUGGGGAAGGGCCAGGGAUUAGUCGACGUGGGAGCAUGGCGCAACAGCACGCGGAGCACGUCGUCCGCGGGGACCUGCUGCGCGCGCUGGUCUGCCUGGCGCCGCUGCUCGGCGCGACCAUGAUCGCCGUCAGCCGGUGCCAGGACUACCGGCACGAUGUGUACGAUGUGAGCGUGGGCGCCGUGCUGGGGUGGACGGUCACGUAUUGGAGCUACCGGCGGUACUGGCCGCGGCUGAGCAGUGGGCGGUGUGAUACGCCGUAUGCGGGCCCGCCGGCGGCCGAGGUUGCGGGCAGGUAUGGAAGGCUACGGGAUGAGGAGGAAGGGCUGGUCAGGGCCGCGGCGGGGAGAAGGAGUGGAGGUGUUGUACAAGCGGAGCUGGACGAGUUGCCAAGGUGAGCCGUGCUGACCUUGCUCAUCGAUAGGCGACCGGUUGAUGUCGUGAGCGUGGGCUGGACAAACUGCUGUCGGAGCAAUUUGUAGGUUUGCGGAGCACCCUGGACAAGGAAUGAGGAGAGGUCGGGUCGCCCAAC